CUUCACUUCCUGUGAUUGCGUGCUGUGAGGCGUCCCGCCCCCUGCAUCGCCGUGCCACGCGUUCCGACGCUCGCUCCCCGUCCACCCAAAUGGCCUCAAAUGACCGGGCCGCCACGGCCGCCGAUCCGGCCGUGACGGACCCCCCUCUGGUUGUCAGCUUCAAUGGCACCUCGCAGCCGAGCACCAAGCGCCGGUCACCCAACUACAUCCGCACCACCAAGUACACGCUCUUGACCUUCCUGCCGAUCAACCUCUUCAACCAGUUCCGGCGCUUCUACAACCUGUACUUCCUCUUCAGUGCCAUCCUCAGUGUCCUGCCGCUUGGCGCAUCCCCCAUCAACCCGGCCAACAUGCUCACGCCACUGGCCAUUGUCCUCGGUGUGACGGCCAUCAAGGAUGCCGUGGAGGACUACAAGCGCUACCGCGCCGACCAGGCCGCCAACUCCAUCCCGGUGUCCGUCGUGCGCAAUGGCGAGCUCCAGGUGAUCCGCAGUCAGUACCUGGCCCCUGGCGAUGUCAUCCGGCUGGUCCGCGACGACCCGCUCCCGGCGGAUGUUGUCCUGCUUGCUUGUGAGGGCUCGCCCGACGGCCUGGCUUACAUCUCCACCGCCGAUCUGGACGGUGAGACCAAUCUCAAACGCCGCACCGCGCCGAAGGCCGUGCAUGACAUCUUCACGCCGGAGUCUGCCCUGGCCUUUUCCGGCAGCGUCGUCGGCAAGCGCAACAACCCCAACCUGUACCAGUACCAGGCGGUCCUGGAGAUGGACAACCCCAAGCUCACCUCCAUCCCGCUGGGCAUCGAUCAGCUGCUCCUUCGUGGCUCGACCCUGCGCAACACGGAUGCCAUCUACGGUGUGGUCACCUAUGUCGGCAGCUACACCAAGCUGAUGCUGAACCUCGAGGACGCCAAGCUCAAGUUUUCCACGCUGGAGCACCGGCUCAACAUGCUUGUGCUGGGCAUCUUCCUGUUGAACUUCAUCGUCCUCGGUGUGAGUGUCAUUCUGACGGCCUUCUUCCAUAUCAGGACCGGUCAGUACUCCUUCUACCUCGACUGGGAGGUGUCCGUCUGGGUGGUGACCGGCUACCACGCCAUGUCCUUCUUCAUUCUGUACACCUACCUGAUCCCCAUUUCGCUGUUCGUGACCAUGGAACUGGCCCGCUUGACCCAGGCCGGCUUCAUGUUCCUGGAUGACCGAAUGCGCUCGGUGGACGGGAUCCGCAUGCGGCCCACCAACUCCAAUCUCAACGAGGACCUGGGCCGGGUGACGCGCGUCUUUUCCGACAAAACCGGCACCCUGACCCAGAACAUCAUGCGCCUGCGCUUCUGGCAUGUUCUCGGCGGCCGUACGCAUGAUGAAUUCCCCCCCACCGGCAAGGCGGCGGCCGACCCGACCGCCGCGGCCAUCUGCGGCCCCGGGGCCUUCGGCCGGUUCCUCCGCGGGGAGUACCCCUCCGGGCUGGAGCUCCCCACCCCGGAGGAGAUGGCCCGGUCACACGCCUUCGCCCGGGCCCUGUCCGUCUGCCACACCGUCCUGCCGUCGAUAGUUGAGGGGUCCGAGUCUAUCGUCUACGAGGGCGACUCACCCGAUGAGGCGGCACUCAUGGAGUCCCUGCGGGAGAAUGGCAUCGCUCUGCAGGGCCGCAAGUCCACCUCCCUGGCGGUGUCAUACUUCGGCCAGCCGGUCUCCUGGCAGAUCCUGCGUGUGUUGGAGUUCAAUUCCACGCGUAAGCGCAUGUCGGUGAUCGUGCGCGACCCGAUGGACCAAUCGCUGUGGCUCUUCACCAAGGGCGCGGACAACAUCAUCAUCGAGCGGUCGACCCUGAUGCAGGACACCACGGCACGGGAGCAGCUGCAGCGCGAUGUGGAAAACUUCUCGCGCCUGGGUCUGCGCACGUUGCUGGUGGCCCAGCGCCCCCUGUCCGAGGAGGAGUUCGCCGACUUCGAUGCUCGCUACCACACGGCCGAAACCAGCCUCGAUGACCGUGACGAGCGCAUCAUGGAGGUGUGCGAGACCAUCGAGGUGGACCUGGAUGUGCUCGGUGCCACGGCCGUCGAGGACAAGCUCCAGGAGGAUGUCGCCGAGACCAUUGCCGAGCUCCUGCGUGCCGGGGUCCAGGUGUGGAUGCUGACGGGCGACAAGUUGGAGACGGCCAUCUCCAUCGGCCAGUCUACCCGGCUCAUUGAUGAUACCAUGCACUUGCUGGCCAUUUCCUCGGAGGACGCCGAUGUGGUGGGAACCCUGCUGCAGACGGCCCUCAAGCGUGUGGCCCAUCUGGAGAAGCAAUACCGGCAGCGUCGGCGCCUGCGCGACCGGCUGCUGCUGCGCCGGCGUAAUGCCGCCGAGGCGGUCCUGGAGUCCGUGUCCCUGAGCAGCUCCUACGCUCUUGAGUCUCUGUCCAACGCCAUGGAGGAGCCGCUGCCCAUCGUCGAUGAGAACGCCUUUUGUCUGGUCAUCACCGGCGCGGCCCUGGUCCAUGCGUUGGCCAUCUACCCCGAUGAGCUGUACCGCUUGGGGCAGGUGUGCAAGUCGGUCAUCUGCUGCCGGGUGACCCCGCUGCAGAAGGCCCAGGUGGUGCAGCUGGUGCGCAAGCGCGCCGGCGAUGUGUGCCUGGCCAUUGGCGACGGUGCCAACGAUGUGUCCAUGAUUCAGUCGGCCGACAUCGGUGUCGGCAUCAUCGGCCUCGAGGGUACCCAGGCGGUCCGGGCGUCGGACUAUGCAUUCAAGGAGUUCCGCGCACUCAAGCGCCUGCUCCUGGUGCACGGGCGGUGGUCCUACAUGCGCAUGGGCCACCUGAUUGUUUACUCCUUCUACAAGAACAUGGCCAUGAUUGGCUUCCAGUUCUGGUAUGGGUUCAUGAAUGGCUGGUCAUCGCAGCCCGUCUACCAGGAACUUAUCAUCACCUUCUUCAACCUGAUCCUCACGAGCUUGCCGCCCUUCUUCCUGGCCACCUUUGACCGGGACCUCCCGGCCACCUCGCUCGAGGCCAAGCCGGAGCUCUUCCGCGAGGUGUGGAAGAAGGACAUUUUCUUCAACUUCAAGCUCAUCGCCGGAUACGGCUUGUCGGCCCUGUUGCACAGUGGCAUCAUUGCUGUCUGCUUCUACUUCUUCUUCUACGAGGACGUAGUCCUUGGCGUGUCGCCCGUGGCUCAUUCCAGUGCAGUGGCCGGGACCAAUUACGGUCUCAGCGCCGGGUACUGGUACAGCACCGUAGUCGCUUCGCUGGUGGUGGUUCUCCUGGUCCUGGUCCGCUGGGGGUUGACGGUGAAUGCCCACUCCUGGCCCAUGUGGAUGUCCUUCUGGCUGAGUAUCGUCCUGUUCUUCGCUUGCUCGCUCAUCUUCCAGCUCAUCUUCCCGGAGUUCGCCGAUGCCGCAAAUGCCGCCUUCUCCACGCCCACCGUCUGGCUCAUGGCCCUGGUUACGGUUAUGGCCUCUCUCCUGCCGGAUGUCAUCGUGGCCACUUGGUGCAGCCUUUUCCGGCCGACCGAUGCCCAGCUCGAGAAGGAGACCAUCUGGGCCGCCGGCCGGCAUGGGUCCAUCGGCGACCGGAUGGGCUGGACCGGCGACGCCUGGGCCUAAUCCGCGGCCCCAGGGAGGGGGGGGGGGGGCUGG